AUGUUAGUAGUAGAAGUGAUUUCGGAGGGCAAAGUAAAUAUGGUCGAUGGUACUGUGCUGAGCGUACUUGAAAUUGGCGGCAACGUGGGGGCUGUUGGCGGUUUUUGCGUUGCGUUUGUAAUCGGGGGUAGUGAGCUCGGUUCGACCGGUGAAGUCGUUUCGGAAACAUCGGUCUCAGAACCAUCUGUUGUUGAUUCGCUUAAAAUGAGCGGGGUUGAAGCGUCUUCGCUAGAAGUUGGCGUAAUGCUUGCCUGUGAAGAUGACAGCGGCGUACUCGUUGUUGAAACUCGU